UCCCAACUACGUUUUACCUACUGACCCUCCUUUCGCCCCGAUAGCACCCACAGACUCAACUCGUUCUGACUUCCCUUUUGCUCCUUGUGCUAAUGCUAUAGCGUGGACAGCGGCGAAAGCCACGGCGACGACAGAGAGCUACGGUGCGUGGCAGCAUUCAGCGACUACAGAAAGCCUUCCCUGCUCAAUUGUUUGAGUUUCUCCUAGAAUACGCUCUCACUCAGCUUUCAUUGACCGAACACGGCUGGUCGCCUGUACGUCGGGCACCACCUAACAAGUCCGGUAUAAGUGACCACUUGCUGCAGUAUCGUCGCCGGCUUAUCCACUGGCAGGUGUUCAGUUGUCCGUUGACCUGUGCCAGUUUAGAAUUCAGACUUCGUUUGAAAGUUUCAUAUCCUCGAGGGCCCUUUCAAUUUUCAACAGUAACUGCGGCAGCGCGACCCUGGCUGAAACAACGUCCAAUGUUGUCUUUACUAAACAUCAGGAACAAACCAGGCGGCUAACUAUGGCCUUCUUUGAGUGUCGAGUGAUCGCUUGCCGCCGGCACUACUUAAACCCACAAAGUGGUUUCACGUUUCAUGCGACGACGCUCCUCUCUCAUAUUCGGACAUGACAGCAGCGGAUUCAAUGGCCGCUGCGGGCCACGGCACAGCACGACAAAAUAUGCGACCUCUUCUUCCACGAUACAAGUACUCAACUCGUUGACAAUUCUAUAAGAGCCUCCAACACUAUAUGUACAUCCUCUCUUCUGGGCUCAGUAAACACACUAAACCGCCAACAUUAUAUAAGGCUAUAUCAUAGCUAUACUUGUACGCUACACAUUCGCAUGUAUCUGUGAAAAGUUAUUAUACUUCCUCUUAUCCUUUUCAUUACUGCGGUCACUACGCCUAAUGGUGUCACGGCCUUGCUAUUCAAGCAGUGUAAAGGCUAUAUUGUUUUCAGUCAGUAAAACUUAAAUGUCACUAAAUGCUCUUGAUAGUCACGUGUCCAAAUGAAUGCUAUUUAUGAAGUUGUCCGUCAAGAAAUUUAAUAUUCAGUGGUGAGACUAUAAAUGUAGACAGCCUGCAAAGAACAAAGACGAUGCUGAAGUUAAGUGAAUAUCGACUUAUACGUCUGUCAAGUGAAAUUGAAGAACGUUUAUCAAUUCCAGCUACCAGCGCCAGUACUGCAAAACCUGAGCUUUUGAUCACUCCUCAGGAGAUCUUUCCAACUUGCUUGGAAACUCAGUCUCAAAAGACGCCUUCCAUCAUCGGAGGGUCUGAGAUGUUGAACCCAAAGGAUCUGAGGAUGUCGAUUCGAAGGGAGAAGAAGCAAGUUCAUUUCGACCCAAGUGCACAGCCACAGUCGAAGCCGUCGGCUAUGUUUGAAAUUACAGCAAAAUGGAUCCGUUCAGGCGAAAUCGUAUCUGUUAGAGAAAGUCUCAAAAAUAGGUCUCUCAAUCCAGAAGAAAAGGACGAGAAUGGACAGACCUUACUAAUGCUGGCUGCUCAAAAUGGACAGGCUUCAUUGUGCGAGGACCUUCUACGGCACGGGUGGGAUCCGCAGGCUGAAGACCAGGAUGGCUGGACCGCCCUUCACAACGCCGCUAAAGAAGGUUUUCUUGAUGUUGCCGUACUACUCGUCACACACAAUGCCAGCGUGGACUGCCGGGACGGGACUGGCUGGACUCCUCUUAUGUGGGCUUGUUAUCACGGUGAUACACAGAUCGCUCGUUUUCUUAUUGACAACGGAGCGUUUGUUAAUGUACACGAUGCAUACCAUAUGUCAGCGCUCAUUUGGGCUUCAGGCAGGGGUCAUCUGGAAAUUGUCGAGAUGCUCCUGCAACAUGGUGCCAAAGUUAAUGCAGGCGAUAAGUUUGGCUCGACGGCCUUAAUUUGGGCGGCUCGUAAGGGCUCUGGGCCAAUUGUUGAAAAGCUACUUGAACACGGUGCCAAUGUAGAUACGGCGGGUAUGUUCUCUUGGACAUCUUUAAUCGUGGCCACGAAAGGCAACUACGUUGACAUUGCGGGCCAGUUACUCGAACAUAGGCCUAAUGUAAAUGCAGUGGACGCAGAUGGGUAUACAGCUCUGGCAAUUUGUUGUAAGGAAGGCUAUACAGAAAUUGCUACGCGCUUGCUAGCAGCCGGCGCGUAUGUCAACAUGGUGGAUAAGGGCGGUGAUACAAACCUCAUUCAUGCAGCAAAAGUCGGGAACCUAUCCGUAGUUGAUGUACUGCUGAAAAGACACGCAGACAUUGAUAUUCAAGGUUCAGACAAAAAGACCGCUUUGUAUUGGGCUGUCGAGAAGGGUCACGUCGAGGUAGUUAAGAGUUUGCUGGCACACAACCCAAACCUAGAAUUGGCUACAAAGGACGGCGACACGCCGCUGAUGCGUGCCACAAGAAAUCGGAACCUCGAAUUGGUGACUUUACUGAUAGAACGCAAGAAUCCAGCCAAAGGUAGCGCCUGUGAUAAGCGCGGCGACACAGCCUUGCACAUUGCUAUGAGAGCACGCUCGAAGGCUAUAUGCGAAGUGUUAUUACGAAACCCCAAAAAUGGCCAUCUCCUUUAUCGGCCCAACAAAAGUGGAGAAACCCCUUAUAACAUCGAUGCCGCCCAACAGAAAAGUAUUCUUCAGCAAAUAUUUGGUGCACGAAAAUUGAACACCCAUGAAGAGAACGAAAACAUGCUAGGGUACGAUCUAUAUAGUAGUUCGUUGGCUGAUAUUCUAAGUGAACCUUCGUUGACCCUUCCAAUUACCGUUGGCCUGUAUGCCCGUUGGGGAUCUGGGAAAGGUUUCCUCUUGAACAAACUGGAGAAUGAACUUCGCUCGUACGGAUUCCAAUGGUUGGAGCAAAGUUUGAAGUACACCUGGGUACUUUUUAUAACUGUCUCAGUGUGCUCAAUUUUACUCGGUUACAUUUUAGUAGGUGUGGCGACCCAAUGGUGGAUAGUUGCCUUCGCCACUUCUGUGUGCUCAGUAAUUCUUUCGUACGGUGCUUUCUAUCUGAUGCGCUAUGGGUCUCGACACUACGACUGGGGAUGGGCGUUCGAAUUGGGCGCUCGUUUAGACGAACUUCUCGCAGAUCUAAAACGUGUUCUACAGGUGUUAUUCUGCCACCCAGGCAGUAGCCUAGGAGUAAAAGACAGCUCUAUUCCAGUGCGGUUUAUUUUCGCAAGCCAGACAAAAGUCAGCAGUUCCGGGCACGGUGGCGCUAGUAUAGCAUAUCUAAUGGUCUCCAUGUAUCAGGCCCUAGAGGAAGAAUUCGGGUAUUUUACGACGCGACUUUAUCGAGCCCUUCGGCCAAAAACGUCUGGCUCAUCAUCUUGGACAUUUCGUCGCAUGUGCUGUUUACCUUACUGGCUCGUCUGUGUUCUGACGGUGCUCUGUCUGAUGGUUGCCGUUGAGUUGUUGAUAUCUUCCAAGCAUAAAGGCAAAAAGGAUGCGAGCAUCUUAAUUGGUCUCAUGAUAUCAUUUGCAUCAAUUGUUGGUGUUGUUUUUAUUGCCAAUUUGUAUACGUGGUUAAAGAUGGCAGCCUCUUUGUUUAUGUCCUAUGAACGAACAAUUCAUCGCUAUAUGGCCCGAGUCGAUAGCUCUGUGCAGGGCGGCUAUUCAGAGGUGCUGAAGUCUGAGGUAAAAGUUAUAUGUGACCUGAUCCAUUGCAUGGAUUCAUUUAUGGACAAACAGACGCGACUAGUUAUCAUCGUCGACGGACUCGAUUCCUGUGAGCAGACAAAAGUGCUGAGCGUGCUCGAUGCGGUUAACGUAAUGCUUUCGGAUCCGGGUAUGCCAUUCGUUAUCAUUCUCGCCGUAGACCCACACAUUGUCAUCAAAGCCGUGGAGUCCAACGUUAGUCGUGUUAUCCACAAUCCAUCACUGAGCGGUUUUGACUAUCUACGCAACAUAGUCCAUCUUCCUUUCUACCUACAGAAUUCGGGUCUACGAAAGGUCCGCGCCGCAGCCCGUUCGGCUCAACUCAAUAAAAGGUCCAUGAAAGACCGUGGCGAAGAGUGGGAAAAAGAUGGUUUAGCAUCUCGUCGAGUUAGCAAUUGCAGCGCCGUUGAGAUCAAGACAAAGAGAACGUCAACAAAAGGCAACUAUAAACUGCGCUCGAGUGAAAGCAUAGCCAGUAGCAUUGGCAACAUUCAUCAGCGCUCGACAGGCGCUGCCGGGGGCGCUGAUUUAACGAAAGUGCUGUUGAAUGACGAUUAUUUCAGCGAUAUUAAUCCCCGUUCGAUGCGUCGUCUUAUGAAUAUUCUCCAUGUGACUGGCCGUUUAAUGAGAGCAUUUAAUAUCGAUUUCAAUUGGUAUCACCUUGCCUCAUGGGUAAACAUCACUGAACAAUGGCCCUGUCAGGCUUCGUGGUUGAUACAUUAUUGUGAAACGCACGAGCAAGAAGUCGACGACAACGUAACGUUACGCGCUCUUUUUGACAAAAUUCGCGUUGGCAUGCCAAUGACGAAAGAAAUAGAGGAGUUACAAAAUAUGGACCAUGAUAUCAAAAAAAUGGAAUUGUGCCUCUCCCUUAACUCGCAGGCACUACAGGUUGGCAAUUUACGAAUGUUCGUUCCGUUUGCUAUCAACCUCGACCCAUACAUACGGCGAGUCCUUCAAGACGUAUAUUUUUCUAGAGUGGAACAGGACAGCUCGGGCAAAAUGGGAAUAAUUGCUGGUUGUCCAUUUUCUGGGCAGGGCUUCCAAAGGAAGGUCAGUACUGCUCAUUCAUUGCGGAAUGGCCCGUGGGGCAUGUCACCUCUUGCGGCAGACCCACGUUAUCUACAAGGGGUGGUUCAACAAUCCGCUAUUCAACAACAACAGCAGCAAACGCUACAACAACCGAUGUACUGCACGCCCCAGCCUUACAACCCAAUGAUGUCGCCCUUCAUGUAUUAUCCGCCAAAUUCUUCAAAUGCUCUUCCACUACCUCUCCUGCGACAAUCGGGCCGACCAUUAUCAUUCCCAGAGCGUUUAAGCGCGCAGACUAAGGAUGGUAUAUGCAAGAUGCUUAGCUGUCUGGAUGGACUCAGUUCAGCCAAUCUAUCUGCGUACCAGGAGUCUAUCAACAAGCACAAUAUCAAUGGGAGAGUGUUACUUAGCUGCGACCUUCAAGAGCUAAAAGUCGUACUAAAUAUGAAUUUUGGUGAUUGGGAGAUUUUUCGUAUGCACAUCCUGCAAUUGCGUGCAGCCGAAAUUAGUGCUCUUGUUGAGUCACCUUUAGAUGAAAGCAAUGGUUUAGGUCAGCAGCAGCAAUUACAUGAAUGGAAUGACAAGACUGAGCGACAAGACAGGGAUUCAUUAGGCAGUCAUUCAAGGCCAAGCACAGCUGUUAAAAAUGACGAACGCGGAUCUGAACGGGAGUCAUCAGCUAAAUGCCAUCGAAAACCUCCCACUGCAGUGAAGAACACCACAUCUCUUGAAAAACAGGUAACUAUGGAAGACAGCAUGAUCUUGGGAGCUCUGGAAACACUCAAUGAAGAAGCUCCGGAAGAUGGCUGCCAUAUUCGUGAACUGGGAUCAGUUGCUACCAGUCUAUCACCUAUCCUAUCCGACGAGGAGUCUGUUCCGUCACCGUCCGAGUCAGCGAGCUCAGACCCUUGUCCAACACCUCUUUGUCCCCAACAGGUACCGGCAAGCGCUCGACUGCACGUACCUUCGGGCGAUGAUGGCUCCAAUGCAGAACUCGACUUUGUCUAUAUACACAAGACCGGCAAUAGUCGAUACAGCUUGAAUUCCCUAUCAACGUCCGUGCCCGACAUAGAGUGGGGCACCGGCGGUGGGGGAAAUACUGGAAGUGCCUUCUCGACUUCUGGCGGUGGUGCUAGCAGCGGCCUCGCCCCAACGCCAGCGCAGGGGAUCGCAGCUCCUGCUGCCCACGGCCUCAGUAUCCCAACACAGAACGCCACUCUCGUUUCGGCGCCACCCAGUAUCGCGUCGAGUCCAUCGUCUGGCCAACCGUUAGUCCCUGCACGAGGAAGUUCUCCAGGACUUGGUCAAGACCCCCGUGCCUUAAGAAACAAGCUUCUGGAUUCUGUCACAGGCUCACCAAAAACUCCACGACGCAACCGCGACUCCGCUAUCAAACCACCUUCUUCUCUAACAAUCGUCGAAGGAAUUCCCACUGAAGACGAGAAGAAGCCUCUACUCAGCGAAAUGGAACCGGUAGAUUUGCCCCCUAGGGGUGUUCAGCCACAAUCGGCUGAAUCUAGAAGGCAACACUUCGGACGCCAGUUCUCAAUCAAAGAGGAUGACGUAGAUCGCUCCAGUGGUCGACCACAAAACGCCUCCGUUACGCGCUCCAAAUCGCUAGCGUCAGAUGCACGCCAAGAAUACGAGGAGCUCAGCUUUUCGCAGAAACGAUUGCAGAGGGAGGGCGGUUCUUUUGAGUCUGCUGUCGUAGCAAUAACAGCAGGCGACGCGGGCUCGUCCGCUUCGCAUUUUUCAGGACACUCUGCGCAAUCUGCUCGACGGUCAUGCGCGAUUUUAAGGCUUCACCAGCAGAGCGGCCUCACCGAUGACCCCAGGUUCAAAGAGAAUGAAAGAAAUCUGCAGGAAGAGCGAAAAACAAAAUCAACGAGCGCGUCAACUGAGACAGUCAUUUGAGUGACUGACCCUCA